UGCUCUUUCUUCUUCUUCUUCUUCUUCACCAUGGAAACUCAUAGGGUUACUCAGUUUCUUAUAAUUCUGUAUUGUUGUUCUACAUUAAUGGUAUUCAACAACAAUCUCAAUCAUGCUUUUGCUGCAGAGUUAAGUUGUGAAUUUCCAGCUAUCUUCAACUUCGGUGACUCUAAUUCUGACACAGGAGGAUUAGCUGCUGCAUUUACUCCACCUAAGUCUCCCUAUGGUGAGACCUUCUUUCAUGCUCCAGCUGGAAGAUAUUCCGAUGGCCGCCUUAUUAUCGAUUUCAUAGCGGCAAGCCUUGGAUUGGAAUAUUUAAGCGCCUAUCUCAAUUCCGUGGGAUCAAACUUCACACAGGGUGCUGAUUUUGCCACGGCAGCAUCAACGAUCACACCACAAAACAGAGGAUUAAAUCAGGGUGGAUACAGUCCUUUCUAUUUAGGGGUGCAAUACUCACAGUUCCAACAAUUCAUGUCUCGAUCACAGACGUCAAGGAAUCAAGGAUAUACAUACACGGAGUUAUUACCGGUGGAGGAAUACUUUUCCCAAGCAUUAUAUACCUUCGAUAUUGGUCAGAACGAUAUUGGUGCAGGCAUCUUUGGUAAUCUAUCCGUACAAGAAGUCAAUGCUACUAUCCCUGAUAUAAUCAACCAGUUUUCCAUUGAUUUUAAGUCAGUGUAUGAUGAAGGAGCUAGAUUUUUUUGGAUCCACAACACUGGUCCUAUCGGUUGUCUCCCUUACGUCCUUGCGAAUUAUCCAGUUGAAGCAUCGGAGUACGACAAUGCCAGUUGUGCGAUUCCAUAUAACAUGCUUGCACAAUACUUCAAUCAAAAGCUGAAGGAUCUUGUGAUUGAACUGAGAAAUGAACUUACCUUUGCUACAAUCACAUAUGUAGAUAUUUAUACAGUUAAAUACAAUCUCAUAAGCCAAGCUAACAAGUAUGGAUUCGAGCAACCCCUUGUAACUUGUUGUGGUUAUGGGAUUAAUAAGUACAAUUACAACACUAAUGCUGUGUGUGGAGGAACCAUCAACGCCAUUAAUGGCACCCAAAUUGUAGUAGGAUCAUGUGAAAAUCCUUCUGUUCGAGUGAAUUGGGAUGGUGUUCACUAUACAGAGGCUGCUAAUAAAUGGAUAUUCGAUCAAAUCGUCGACGGCAACUUCUCCAAUCCACCGGUACCCUUGAAUAUGGCAUGCCACAAGUUUGUUUAGCAAACUACCUGCACAUAAUGAUACAACAUAUAUGUGAUGUUGGU